AUGCCUCCUAUAUAUUUCCCUCUUCGUUGGGAGAGCACUGGAGACCAGUGGUGGUUUGCCUCUCCCAUUGACUGGGCAGCUGCUAAUGGUCACUAUGACUUGGUGAGAGAGCUUCUUCGAAUUGAUAACAAUCACCUUAUCAACCUUACGUCUCUCAGGAGGAUUCGGCGCCUUGAGACUGUGUGGGAUGAUGAGGAACAGUUUGAUGAUGUCGCUAAAUGUCGCUCUCAAGUUGCAAGAAAACUUUUUCAUGAGUGUGAAUCCAAGAAGGGAAAGAACUCUCUUAUCCAAGCUGGCUAUGGUGGAUGGCUUAUGUACACCGCUGCCUCAGCUGGAGACUCAAGUUUUGUUCAAGAACUUCUCGAAAGGAAUCCUUUACUUGUUUUCGGUGAAGGAGAGUAUGGGGUUACUGAUACAUUCUAUGCUGCUGCUAGGAGUAAGAACUCCAAGGUUUUUAGGCUUAUUUAUGAUUUCGCUAUCUCUCCGAGAUUUUUGACAGCGAAAGGAGAGUUUGAGGAGCACAUAGGAGAAAUUCCAUCUCUUUACAUGGAGGAGAUGAUGAAUAGGGCUAUUCAUGCUGCUGCUAAAGGAGGCAAUUUGACUAUUUUGAAGGAGCUCCUAAGCAAAUGCACUGAUGUUUUGGCCUACAGAGAUAAGCAGGGCGCAACUAUCUUACAUGCUUCUGCUGCCAGAGGGCAGGUUGAGGUAAUAAAAGAUUUGAUAGCAUCCUUCGAUAUCAAUAACUCCACAGACAAUCUGGGAAACACGGCAUUGCAUAUCGCUGCUUGCAGGGGCCAAUCAUCUGUUGUUGAAGCUUUGAUCGUUACAUCCCCCUUAUUGAUCUCUUCAAUAAACAAUGCUGGAGAAACCUUUCUCCACAUGGCAGUGUCUGGCUUCCAGAAUCCUGCGUUCAGAAGAUUGGAUAGGCAGAUUGAGCUGAUGAAGCAGUUGAUGAGUGGGAAAGUUUUCAAGAUGGAAGACAUCAUCAAUGCUAAAAAUAAUGAGGGAAGGACUGCUCUACACAUGGCCAUCAUUGGGAAUGUUCACUAUGAUCUAAUAAAGCUCCUGAUGUCUGCACCAUCUAUAAACGUCAAUGUUCGUGAUGCAGACGGCAUGACCCCACUCGAUCUCCUUCGGCAACGCCCACAUUCGGCAUCAUCGGAUAUACUAAUGAGGCAACUGAUUUCGGCAGGUGGAAUAUUUGGCUGUCAGGAUUAUACUACAAGAAGAGCCAUUGCUUCCCGCUUGAAGAUGCAAGGCAAUGGAAGCAGUCCAGGAACUUCAUUUAGAAUCUCUGACACUGAAAUAUUUUUGUACACAGGCAUUGAAAUUGCAUCCGAUGCCAAUGCAGAUCCGGCCGCGGCAGGUCUGAGUCCAUCCUCAUCAGAGUUGAGUCAGCCUGACCAAACCAAUGACAACCAGGGGUCAGCAGUUAGUAAGAAACGAGAUUCAUUCAAUUAUGCAGCUCAACAAUUGAAAAGGGUUAUCCCAUGGCCUCGGCUGAAGGAUAAAAAGCCGGAAAAAUUAAGGAAAUCAAUCGAUCAGGGUUCGGUGGCUUCAGGCAAGAAAUGCAGUAGUUCAGAGGAAACUCCAACCCCACUUCGUCAGCGAUUUUCAAAUGCCUCAUCACUUCCAAACCACAAGAGGACGCUGUCUGUCAGGAGUAAUCAGUCUAGUCCAACAGCCAAGAAGAAACUAGCCUCAGGGAUAAUGCAUGGCGUUAUGCAGGGCAUGCCACAAAUAACUAUUCCAGGUCGAUCACGCUCGAGUUCGUUUUCAAAAUCAUCCAUUUCUUCUCCUGGCUCAUUGGACAAGCAGAAGGGUGUUUUUAUUGAAAGUGAUGUCGCUGGACCAUCUACUUCAAACCGAUUAUUUGAGGAUGGAACACCAAAUGUGAACGACAAACAAGGCUCCACCAGUAAGAAGUUGAGGAGCCAGUACUUCUGUUUUGGUGCAUCAAGCCUGUCCAUAAAAACACCGGUGAGCAGGCACCGGAGCCAGGGUUCCAAUCCCUCUGUUCUCUCAGUGGCUUGA